ACGAUUCGAUUAUUCUUUCUUCGAGAGUGAAGUAUCUUCAGUACCUUUUUCACGAGAUAGUGAAAACGAAAAUGGCUCAGUUAAAUUGCAUCAUAAUACUUAUUAGUAUUGCGUCGUGUGUUCUCGCAGAAGAACUUUAUAACGAUCAGUACGAUCAUAUCGAUGUAAAUAAUAUUCUUAGUAACGACAAACUACGGAAUCAAUAUAUUAAUUGUUAUAUGGAAACUGAACCAUGUUUAACAGCAGAUGCAAAAUUUUUUAGAGAUAUGGCUAGCGAAGCUUUUCAAACAAAAUGCAAAAAAUGUACUGAAAAGCAAAAGGAAAUGAUGGAUACAGUAGUUGAUUGGUAUGCACAAAAUAAACCUGACGAAUGGCAGAAGAUCGUUGCAAAAAGUUUAGAGGAUAUGAAAAAGAAAAAUGCUGGUCAAUAAUUGCUGACAAAUGCUGUAAAAGAUGGCAAGAAUAAACGACGGAAUCCGAAAUAAUAAUUAUCUAUAAAAUUAUCAAAUUAUUAAAUUUCUUGUAUUUAGAGAUCUUUCUAUUUAAAGCAAUGAAAACUUCCUAAUGUUAUAAUUUGUUAUAACAUAUUGUUGUUAUAUAACCUCUCAAUGAUUGUAUUGUAGUAUUAUAUUAUUGACAUAAAGUGCAAAAUAAUUCUAACUUUU